AUGGAUAUAUGCAAGAUUUGCGUGAAGGAAUCGAGUCAGAAGAUUAUUCUAACGGUUUGCCCCAAUGAGAAGGCGGGAAUCGUGUGGUACGAUCAGUGCUUACUUCGGUACUCAGGGAGUAGUAGUGGAAAUUACGACUGGGGAAUGGAGUCGAUUUUUAACGGAAAUAAGGCGUCGUCGGGCCCGGAUAGGUUCGUUGAGGGAGUGAAGAGGUUGAUGGGGAGACUAAGAGAGGAGGCUGCUUCAGGGAAUCGGACUGAUCGUAAACUGGGGAAGGGGGAGAUAUCGGCUGGGAAUGAAACUGUGUAG